AUUUCUUAGACGUCAGAACUUGGAGAAAGUUACCCCGAGGACCUGGCGUGGCUUUUUACCUCAUAGCUGAUUAAGUAUGUUCCAUUCAGGCCUUACGAGUAAUAUCUAGUUAGGUUAAUGUUACUUUUGGCGUAUAGCCUCCGCCACAACCCUUUAUAGACGGCCACAGCCCAAGCUCGGAGAGCGGAGAGAAAAGCUUAAUUGGACGCAGGUGCUUCCGCAGCGCGACCAUCUUUGCAAAGUCCGUGCGCAGUGGGGUGAGCAGACAUGGCUAGCGAGCGGCCGCGGACGGCGCCGGAGCCGCCGGGCGCAUUGAAAACGAGCCCCAGCAUCUACAUGGGCCCUGUGUCCCCCGACCGCAAGAAGUUCGCCAACUGCCUCACGGCGGGAGUGCCGCACUGCCCCCACCACCAACCCAAGUCGCCAUUUGCGCCCUCAGGUGUGUCGCUGCCCCGCCCCUGGCUCCCCUUCUCCGUGGUGCCGCUGCCGCCCUGUCUGGUGUUCGAGACGUGGUGGUACGAGGGAGCCGAGCGGGUUCACAUGCAUAUCACGUACGAUACGGCAACACGACAGUGUACUGCGGGUACCCACGUGACCCUAGGGAUGGACGUCACCAGUGCCGCGGGGGCGCCCAUCGAUGAGUACGACCUGCAUGUGGGGGCGGAGCUGCGGGUAGCGGGCAGGAAGGUGACGUUGAGGAAGGCUAUCACCCUUCCCACUCUCAUCUGGUUGGAUCAGCAAGCCCGAGCCAUGCUCGUCUCCAAGUACCGACUGGAGUCCGAACUCGCCAAAUUCCGACCCGUGGUUCCGGUGCUCGGACAGUACGGCGACGCGCAACGAGCCGAGCCAUUCGACCUCAGCACCCACCAACACAUGCCGGCAGGCGGACGGAUAAACCUAAGAGCGCUGUACGACACAGUUAUGAGCCUCGCGGAGCAGUUGAAGCAACAUCGAGUACGACUGCCUAAACUUCCCGACGUGGUUUCGGAGCGGAUCGGAAGCGCGGUUGAGGCGCUGUCCGCGCCGCCGGACUGGUCGCCGGAUCGGCGGGAGUCGGAUCGUCGCGAGGCGGAGGCGCGACAGCGCGAGGCGCUGGCGUUACCGCCCGACGACACCUGGCGCCACGACCUGAUGAACUGGCUGAACUCCAUCCCACUCGCCGCAUCCUGCUGCGCUAGCUACCCGGGUGCCACAGCCAUAGCAGCCACGGAUACAAAGGUGGGCGGGAAGGGGGACAAGGAGCGAGGCGGGCGAGGGGUACGAGGCGGCGGCGUAGCCGCCGCCGCCGCUGCCGCCGCCGGGGUCGGCGGCGGCGCCGCAUUGGCGUUCAACAUCAGCGUGCUGAGUCGCUACGGCGGAGGCAUUGCGUCGGCGGUGGGGAGCGGUAGCGGCGGCAGCGGUGGCGCCGGUGGGUCGAGGUUGCAGGGCGCGGUCGCGAGUGCGUUGACGGGUAUGUUGGCGGGACGCGGCGGGUUGGGCGGCGGUACGGCAACGCCCAUGUCUCCGAGGCUGGGGCUGGCGGCGGGGGUGCCGCAGUCGCCGGCGUCGGUGCGGGUGGCGUCGCGGCAGCGGACGGGGUUAUAAGGGCGGAGUUUUGUUGGCUGGUUGGUUGUGUACCCUGUAUGUAGAUUAUCGUACGCUGGUAGCCGUACGAUAACUUGUGUUAGUUGGGGCAGGUUGAUGAUGGGGCCUGGAAGGCAGGUGUACGUGUGGCCGGCGGCGAAAUGCUUGCCGAGCAAAAGCGAGCGAGUGAGCAAACUCUUAACUGUUGUACCGCUUACAAUCACGACCCAUGGGUCAAUGAUGGUCCAUUAGACAUUACCUAUUGUUGACCGUAACUUUGACUGCCUAUUGAAAUUGUUUAGGGACUUGUUUUGCAUUUGUGUUGGCGCAUGCAGGUUGGUGGGGGGGCUGGUGCAGGUGCGGGAAAGGGCGCAUGUGGGGCCCUUCCUUCGCAGGAUGGAUGGCAGGCUGGAUGGAAGUGUAGGAGUAGCAGCCUACCUGUGUGUGCUGCUAGUGCAUUAAAGGGAACUGCUGCUGGUAGCCAUCCAGCUCACCAAUGCUUUGUUGCCAAUGCAAAUGGGGAAAGACCUGGUAACGCUUACAUCAAUGGGGGCCCCGAGCGCAGUGCGUUGGAUGCGGAGUAAUGGAUUGCAAAGGCAGGCUGCUAAGUUGUCGAUACCCUUUGACAAGGCAAACAAUUGGAAAUUCAACUCCUACAUGCUUUUGCUAUUCCUGGUACGGCAUCACGUAAUGGCUACCCGUGCUGACGUGGCUAUUACAGGUAUCAUUGGCCAUGACGUUAUGAGCCAGCAUCGGUACGACAACCAGUUUGAUCAAGGGUGGCUGCAUGUGUGGUCAUGCGGUUGAUGCCUCUUGACUGUGUCGGCUGGACGGACUAUGGCGGUGAUGAUGAUGAUGAUUACAAGCUUGAGGCUCGCAAGGCCCAGCCGAGCCAGGAGUGUGACCAACUUUGCUUCGUGCUGUACGCACUUGCAACAGUUGCAAACAAGGACGGUUACGUUGCCAAUGCCACAAAUUGAGGUUAUAUGCACCGACAAACAGCAACCGCGUGCGGCGGUGCCCCAAGCCGCCAAGCGCUGUCCCAAGCUAACCCUAUGUACAACACUCGCGGCCAG